AUGGUGACACUAGAUAAUAAGUUAUUGAAAAGGUUGACCUCGCGUGAGGUGCCAUUAAAAGAGUUAGAAGAUAUGGAGAACCGCUGCUUUUUAUCUACUUUCACGUAUCAAGAUGCUUUUGAGUUGGGAAGUUACGUGAGAAAUGCAGUAAAGAAAAAUUUUCCAGAAAAACCGGUUGCAAUUGAUAUCUCCUUACCUAACGGGCAUUGCUUAUUUCGUACAGUAACUUAUGGUGGAAGUGUAUUAGACAAUGAUUUUUGGAUUCAAAGAAAGAAGAAAACAGCAAUCAGGUUCGGUCAUUCGAGUUUUUACAUGGGCUGCAAAAAGGGGGACAAAACACCUGAAGAAAGAUUUUUUGUAGACGCAAAGGAAUACGCUUUCCAUGGGGGUGCUGUCUUGAUACAAUCUGAAAGAAGUGACUACCCCUAUGGCUGUUUAACUAUUAGUGGGUUAAAGCAAGAAGAAGAUCAUUUAAUGGCUGUUACAUCUCUAAUUGCGUUUGCCAGUCAAAAUUUAGAGGAGAACUUAAAUUUGGAUUAA